UAUUAUUAUUAUGUAAAAACCCCACGAGUAAACCAUGAAAUAAGAUGUUGCACAAAACGUGUCAACUAUGUUUGAACAUAGCCUCCCGCCAAGGACACGGCGGCAUUUUUUUUCACAAAACUAAACGAAGCAAAGCAUAUAUUCUUUGCCCUCUUACACCAAUUCCUUCCUUGAUAAAUCAACACUGCCAUAUUUCCUGACUUUUCCCAAUUCAUUCAUCCAAAAAUUUGUCCCAAAAUUCAUUAAAAAAUAUGGAGCUCGAAUUAGGACUCAAGUUAACGAGUGUCACCGACGAGUUCACCUCGGAUUUUCGGAUAGCAAAAGACCGCGCCAGCCCCGUCUUCGUGUCUAGAGAAACAGAUUCCAUGUUCUUCCUCACUGCUCAUCUCAGAGGUUAUAAGAGAAGGAACAUAAAGAUCGACAUAAACGAGGACGGGAGCUUGAUCGGAAUAGGCGGCGAAAAGCAGGUGCAAGAAACGGUAAUGGUGGGGUGGAAAGUUUACAAGAAAGAGGGAGAGAUCAAGGGAUUCAAGAAAGUUUUUAGAAUUCCACAAGGGGUGAUCUUGGACAAGAUCAAGGCCAAAUUUAACAACGACGAAUCGACUUUGUCGAUCACCAUGCCGAAGAAGGAAAAAGGAAUCCGCGUGGGCACAGCCAUUGAAGAAGUCGAGGACAAGCCGGAGCUCGUUAGGGCGGGGUCCGGGAGUUUGCAGAUUGCCGAUGAAAAGAGCCCGAAAGCAGAGACUUCAAACCUGGAGAUGGAUGAGAAAUCCAAGGCAAGAAUCGGAGAAAACGAAGCAGUUGACCAAGCACCUUCCAAUAGUGGUGAGGCGAAACCUGAAGAAGAGAAACACCAAGAGAAACCGGAAGAAGAGAAACACCAAGAGAAACCAGUUUCAGCUCAUGAUUUCAAAGAUGGCAAAGUUGAUCACGUGGAAGCUGACACGUGCAGGGAGGACGAGGAGAAACAGAGAAACACAGACGAUGUACGAGGAAUAACUGAACCUAAAGAACACGAGGAAAAAGAUGAACCGGAUACUUACAAGCAAGAUCUUGAUAAAAGAUUGGACAAAGACAGAGUCGAGCCUUCCGCCAUUGAACCUAAAGAACAUGAGGAAAAAGAUGAACCGGAUACUUACAAGCAAGAUCUUGAUAAAAGAUUGGACGAAGACAGAGUUGAGCCUUCCGCCAUUGAACCUGCUGAAGAAGCUCCAGAAGCUGAACCUGUGCCGGUAGAGGGUGAUGGAGAGAGGCCUCCGGAGAAAAGGUUCAAAUUAUGUCUGCCCAUCGUUGCUGGCUCGACUUUACUUCUGACAUUUGUGGUGUUCGUCUUCCAAAUGAUAAGAAGCAAGAACCAAACUAGCAGGAGGAGGGACUGAUUCUAUAGCUGCAGAGACUGUCAAAUUGUUUCAAGAAUAUAAAUUAACUUCAAAAAUGUAGACUGCCUGUUUUCAAUUCGUAGUCUGAUUUAAGUCUUCAGCGAAAUGUAGGCGUACUAAGGUCGUACAUUUCAGAGGAAUACUCAGAAAUAUGACCAUAGAAGCCGUUUUCCUGUAAGAAUAAGCAUGCAGCACAACACAACUAGAAACGUGUUCCGUCUCAAAAGCACCGUAUGCUUAAUUCCAUAUCAGUGUUUUCCAAGUGUUUCUUCCAUAACGAAUGGAGAUAUGCCCGUGGCAACUCAAAACUCA